ACUCUCUCUCCAAAUCCAGACGCGGUGUGUCGGACUGUUUUCUCUAGGUCUCAGGAUUAGUUCGUGCAACUAUUGAGUUGAGUAUUUAAGUCGGUGGAAUAAUUUCUUUUGGGGUUCAUCAUAGCUGAAAAGGGUUGGAGAAAAAUAGCGAAAUGAGUACAAGGGUUACACUCAAAUUCAUGAGGGAUUGCUUGCAUCGGAAGCUGAAACCUUCUGGUGCUCUCCGUGUUGGAGCUCCGAGACAUUACUCUACGCCGUCGUCGUCUUCUUCUUCUUCCUCUGCCGCACCCGGAGUUCCCCAAUCGUCGAAGAAAGGGAGAUUCUUCACAGCCGCCACAAUAGGCCUGGUCAUUGCUGGAGGAGCUUAUGCAAGUACUGUGGAUGAAGCAACUUUCUGUGGUUGGCUAUUCUCGGCAACAAAACUUGUGAAUCCACUUUUUGCCCUUUUAGAUCCUGAGGUUGCUCACCAACUAGCUGUUUCUGCUGCUGCUCGUGGAUGGGUUCCUAAGGAGAAGAGGCCAGAUCCAUCAAUUUUAGGGCUUGAAGUUUGGGGAAGGAGGUUCUCAAACCCUAUAGGUCUUGCUGCUGGUUUUGAUAAAAAUGCCGAGGCUGUUGAAGGCUUGCUUGGGUUAGGUUUUGGCUUUGUGGAAGCUGGCUCUGUUACUCCUAUUCCACAGGAGGGUAAUCCAAAGCCCCGUAUCUUCCGAUUGCGGCAGGAAGGUGCUAUAAUCAAUAGGUAUGGUUUCAAUAGUGAAGGAAUUGUUGUGGUUGCAAAGCGUUUGGGUGCCCAGCACGGGAAGAGGAAGUUGGAUGAAACUUCAAGCACGUCAUCUGCUUCCAAUGAAGAAGUCAAACACGGAGGGAAAGCUGGUCCUGGAAUUCUCGGGGUGAACCUUGGAAAGAAUAAGACAAGUGAAGAUGCAGCUGCAGAUUAUGUACAAGGAGUUCAUACAUUAUCCCAAUAUGCUGAUUAUUUGGUAAUCAACGUUUCAUCACCUAAUACCCCUGGGCUGCGCCAGCUUCAGGGAAGGAAACAAUUAAAGGACAUUGUUAAGAAGGUUCAAGCUGCUCGUGAUGAAAUGCAGUGGGGUGACGAAGGCCCACCUCCAUUACUUGUCAAAAUUGCUCCAGACCUGUCUAAGCAGGACCUUGAAGAUAUAGCAGCGGUUGCUCUUGCUCUCCGUGUGGAUGGAUUGAUUAUAUCAAAUACAACAAUUUCAAGACCAGAUCCUGUGAGUAAAAACCCUGUAGCUGAAGAACCUGGUGGCUUAAGUGGAAAGCCUCUCUUCCCAUUGUCCACCAAUACCUUGAAGGAGAUGUAUGUUUUGACGAAGGGAAAGAUUCCUUUAAUUGGAUGUGGAGGCGUCAGCAGUGGUGAGGAUGCAUACAAGAAGAUACGAGCUGGUGCAACUCUUGUUCAGCUCUAUACAGCAUUUGCCUAUGGGGGGCCUGCCCUUAUUCCUGAGAUAAAGGCUGAACUUGCUAGAUGCUUGGAAAGUGAUGGUUUCAAGAAUGUGUAUGAGGCAGUUGGAGCAGAUUUUAGAUAGGUUUGAUCCAAUUACAGUGAGAGAGCGGUGCUCAAGUUUGUUAGAGGAGCGAAGCCCUACGAGACGAGGAUUUUGGAAGCUCUGUCUAGUUUAUUUUUCGAGUGAUACUCUCAAGGUAUAUUGUCAUUUGUUGGUUAUCCAUUUUUGCUUUUUAACAUAAUUUUUUGGGGUUGGAAAAGACAGUUUUGAAUCUAAUUGAUCAUGUAAGUGGAUUUUGAAUUGAUUAAGCUAAUUGUCAAGUGACUCUUAAGGUA